AUGCUGAUCGCCGUCGCGGUGACAAUUGUGCUAUCCCUCACGUCCGCACUACCCACUGAUAUCUCAGAAUCGCUUUCAUCGGAUAUCGCACUGCCGUCACCACUUGCCGAGACUCUACGUCGACUACAGACCGAUAAUGCUGCUGUGCGUGACCUUAGUGAUACUGCACUCUCUCCAAUGGUACCGCGCUUUGAGCGCCGCGAUGCACUGGUACAAUUGGGCGACAUGUACUUUUACGGUAACAGCUCGUUGGACACAAGUGUUAAUGGAACUUUAGCCAUGAGUAUAUAUGCUGAGGCAGCUGCUCUAGGCGCUCCUAGGGCUCAAUUUCAUGUGGGUGUGGCACUUAGUUAUGGAUUGUGGGGAUUUCCACUCGACGAAGCAGCGGCCAUGGUGAACUAUUACUUCGCUGCACUUGGCGGGGACAUUAGUGCUACAAUGGUGCUCGGACAUAACCAUUUGCUUGGUAUUAGCGCUCCAAAAAAAUGCGAAACAGCGGUGCGCUACUACGAAUUGGCGGCUAAUGAAGCUGUGGCGAGACGCGAAGCAAACGUUCAUCGUCCUGCCAUUUAUGACGCACCACAUCGUCGUCUCAAGACGGUAGCUGAGACUCAGCACAAGAAAAAAUUGCCUGACGAUAGUGCAAUUGCAGAUUACUAUCAGUUUUCAGCCGAUAAGGGAGAUCCGGAUGCCACAAUUAGUCUUGCAACUUUGUACUUCUAUGGCGAACGUGGAGUCUCUCAAGACGUGGAGCGAGCAGCACUGCUUUAUAAGAAAGCUUACGAUCUAGGAGCUACGGAUGCGGCAUAUCAUUUGGGACACUGCUACAGUCUUGGUAUUGGAGUCCCACAGAACAAUGCUACGGCGUUUAAAUACAUGCAAGAGGCUGUAAAUGAGGGGAACGCAGCUGCUCAAAAUGAGCUGGCACACAUGUAUUUACACGGUAAAGGUACAAAACGAGAUGAGGAGCAGGCAGUGACACUUUUUAAAGCUGCCAUGAAACAAGGCAGCGUUGAGGCGCUGUAUAAUCUUGGAGUUCUUUAUAUGCGAGGUGGUGGAUUAUUCGAUCCGACAGUUCUGGCCCAAACGCAUCCCGAAUACGACGUCGCGUACGGCUAUUUUCUCAUUGCUGCUUACCAAGGCCACACGAUAUCUAAGCAUAAGAUUGGCCAGAUGAGUUUGCAUGGAAUCGGCACGACCCGCUCCUGUACUAAUGCUGUCGAGACGUUCAAAUUAGUGGCAGAGCGUGGAGAAUGGGACCGCGUUCUUACACAAGCUUACACAGACUUUAAGCAAAAAGAGUAUGAGGCGGCAUUUAUGAAGUACGCAGUUAUGGCGCAGCAAGGCUACGAAGUCGCUCAACAUAACGCUGCGUAUAUGCUGGACGCUGGCUUUUUAAAUCCGUCUGCAUUCUCGCCGACGCUGUCGCUAACGCCUAUAGGGACGGAACUUACGACGGAUGUUCUAGCAUCGACCGCUGUAAUGCUGUAUAGACUAGCUGCGCAGCAGGGGAAUGUGGAUGCUAAUUUGAAGAUUGGAGAUUAUUACUAUUAUGGAAAAGGAGGUCACGCUGUGAACUAUGUCAAAGCAAGUGCGCACUAUUUCCUUGCAAGUAAACACUCAAAUGCCCAAGCGAUGUUUAAUCUUGCGCUUAUGUAUGAGCACGGAAUUGGGAUGGAACAAGACUUUAAUUUAGCCAAACGGUUCUUUGACAAGGCGCGUCUAGCGCAUAGUGAUGCUAAAGUGCCAGUUAUGUUAGCGACGUGGAAGCUGCGCGCUCAUAAGACAUUGCGAUCAUGGAAAAGGUGGUGGGAUAAUCUCAUCGGUAACGUGUCUCCGUCGGCAACGAUCUCGUCAGAGUCGACAAGUGCGUCUACUGAAGGGGACUCUAAUGGCUUGGAUGCCGAUGCAAGCUCCAUGUUGCUAGAAAAUUGGUGGCUUGGCGAUCUUAUGCAGGGUAUGAUCACUUCUGUCACCACCAAGUUGUUCAAGCUGCAAUCUGAGGACUUUGUCAUUGCAAUUUUGAUGAUCGCCCUCGGGAUCGUUCUUUACAUUCGCUCUGAGAGGCAAUAUCUACCAGCGCCACCUUUACAACAGCAGUAA